AUGACUGUUUCCCGGUUGGCAGCAGGCCCCUCGCCCGUGCAGCCAUUUCCCAAAUUCUACGUUUUCCGACCUGACCAACGGAUUGUCCCUCUCAUUGCCAUCGAUGAGUUGCCGUCUUGGUUGCAAGUUGGCGACUGGGACUGGAGUGAUGUCUCCUUGUUCGAGAAAAUGAUACCUGCAAGCUUCAAUCCUUUGCCACGAGACGGCGAGUACGACGUGGUCUGCUACAACUGCUAUUCCAACGUUGAUACUCUUCAUCGGAGUGUCUCUGAGAGGAGUGACCGGCCUCCUUCUGCAGGACCCAUGAUCAAAGAUGUCAAGUCAUGUCCUGGUGCCUUCUAUCCUCUGAGCCCUGAGCAUUGGACGGCGGUCCCCCCCAUGAUGGGCACCAAUUAUGUGCCGCUCUCGUCAUUCUCAUCGUUGAGGCGGUCCCCUUUCUAUACUACACAUUGGCAAACCCCUUUCGUCGGGAUGUGUUUGGUUGACACUCGCUCUGCUGAAGUCACUGUCAACCAGAUCAACCAAACGAAUCCACCAUCGUUUUUGCCUCUGCUACCUCUAUCGCCGCCUUUAUCAUGUACUCGCACGCGGUCUACCGACGAUUCUAUGCCCGACCAGAAGCCGGUUUUAAACCCAGAAGCAGCUGUGUUCAGUCCAUCUGCUACCCCGGAAGCACUACCUGAACCUGUUCUUCAACCUGGUACCAACAUAGUAGACUCUCCGGCGAUAUUGCCUGUGUCUGAUCCACCCGUUGUCAACUCUAAAAAAGAUGCUGGCCCAUUGCAGCCUCUCCAGAACGAUGACGGUGCUCCUCGGAGGAAUCUUAAUGCUGCAAUCGCGCAACUCAGACAAGCGCUAGGGGUUCAUGAUUGCAAAGAUGAGACGCCUGAGCCGCAUGACGUUGAAAUGCGUGACGUGCGCCAUGAAGUACAGCCGAAGAAGAAGGUGCACUUUGCCGUCCCUGAUACCCAGCAGAGGCGUAAGAGGGCUAGGCGUGGCGGAAGAAGAGCUCGAACCCGAUGGGCUUAUCGAAAGGGUCCCUUCAAUGUAGACAGACAGGCGGGCCAGCAAAACUCGGCGACAAAAAGGCAAGAUAGGAGGGAUAAGAUGGCUGGCAAGGCGAACAAAGAUGCGUCCCCAGGAAAUCGGUACUGGCAUAUGAUGAGGAUUUCCAACUGGCGAGCACAGGUUCCACAGAUUCCAGUGCAGCCUGCGCAAUAA